UAUAAAUGAUUACUAAGCUGAGCCCAGGGUAGCUGUGCAUAAUGCUCCUGGCUGUGUAGCAGGGGGGACCCAUGGCUGCUCUUUGGCCCACUUAGCACCCAGUAGGACGGUCACUCCCUGCUUGUGGCCCCGGGGCCCGUUCCUGACACAGGGCUAUGACCCACCUUUAUAUAGGGACAAAAAUGCAGCCGUGCAAGGGGCCCGGCAAUCUCCGAGCUGCACGUCAGGUGCUUUUCUUUAGGCUGUUGCAACGCCGCGGCACCGCUCUUCCAUAAAUAUGUAACUUCUUUAACCCUUUUUCUGCCCCCAGUGUAGAGUCUAUCCUUCUGGCGCUCAAGUUACAGGGUGUCGGCCACCACAGACUUUUAUUCUAGGGGCAACUUGUAAGGGUGAGACUUGGGGCAAGUGUCUAUGUGAGCAAUCAAAACCCCUGAAAUUCUCUCCUGUUAUUUCCCUAAAUUCUCCCCUUCGCAGCUGCCCCAACAACGGGAUUAAUCCGCUUUCUCUUCAGGAUAUUUGCAUUCCUGUCUCACUCCCAGGGGGGCAGCUAAUCCUUCCUUUCCCCCCUCCCUCCACUUUAGACCCCUUAACUGUCCGGCCUAGGAGUUUAACUCUUCCUCUAUAUGAGAGGCGCCAGCAGGUAUGGGGGGCUAGGUAGGGGCUACAAAGUCACAACCAGAACUCCUGGGCUUCAACAAGAGGCAAAGAACUGGGAGAAAGAGACUGGGAUCUACUGGGAAGUCCCACCGUCUCUACGUUCUGGUGAUGGAAGGUGCGCCGGAAUGGCGACGCAAGGACUGGGCAGACGUUCAUGGGAUUCCCAUGGUUGCUGCCUUUGCCUCAAACUGGGAUCGAAUCGAUAAUUUCCAGGCCAGAGAUGAUGAUCUUGUCAUAUGCACAUACCCCAAGUCAGGUACAACGUGGAUCAGUGAAAUUGUUGAUGUGGUUCUUAGCGAUGGGGACACAGAAAAGAGCAAGCGAGACGCCAUACACAACAAGGUGCCCAUGAUGGAAUUCUCUGCCCCUGGAUAUGUACCCUCAGGUUCCCUGGUGUUAGAAUCAAUCCCCUCUCCCCGUAUUAUCAAGACCCACCUCAGUGUCUCUCUCCUGCCAAAAUCCUUCUGGGAAAAGAAGUGCAAGUACAUCUAUGUGGCGAGGAACCCAAAGGAUGUGGCAGUCUCAUUUUAUCAUUUCGACAGGAUGAAUCAUCUACAUCCAGAGCCGGGACCGUGGGACCAGUAUCUGGAGAAGUUCAUAGAGGGGAAAGUGGCCUAUGGACCAUGGGGUCCUCAUGUGAGAGACUGGUGGGAACUGAGGAAGAAACAGAACGUGUUGUACCUGUUCUACGAGGACAUGAUUGAGGACCCCAAGCGUGAGAUCCGGAAAGUCGUGUCAUUCCUAGGGAAGGAUCUGCCAGAGACGGUUGUGGAGAAGAUCUGCCAACACACAUCCUUCAAGGCCAUGAAAGAGAAUCCAAUGACCAACUACACGUCUGUCCCUUCCAUUGUGAUGGAUCAAUCUAUCUCCCCCUUCAUGAGAAAAGGGAUCUCCGGUGACUGGAAGAAUCAUUUCACUGUGUCCCAGAGCGAGAUAUUCGAUGAGUAUUAUGAGAGAGAGGUGGCGGGCACCGGUUUAUCCUUUAGAUUCUAGGACUUUGAACCAUUUUGGGACUUGGCUCCACCCAAUACAAGGACUGUCGCUGCACUUCUCCAAGAUACCGAUGUCCUGUAAUACCUGGAAACCCAAGGGAAGCGUGUUCUGCAGCACUAGAACUCUCAUGAUCAAGUCUCCUGUGUAGGCUCAUUUCUGGCCCAAGUAAAGGUGGCCAUGCACCAUAAGAUCCACUUGUUUUGCUAGGUGGCCAAAGGAGCAGAUUUUGCCAGCGAUAUACCCACUGCCUUAAGGUGGCCAUACACGGGCAGAUUGGAGUCCUUUAGUCCCAUUUGGCAGCUUAUUUACCCGUGUACAGGGAACCCCGCGUCUGACCAAUAUCGGGUAGGUUUGAUUUUUUUAUGUGGAUCAGGAACUCCAUCGGAUCAUUAAUAAAGGUCCUCCCUUCGACAGCUCCUAUCUUCAUCAUCGUAAUUAGGUCAUUUGGCCCUAGGGCCAAUGAGCAAAUUGUAUAAUGUACGGCCACCUUAAGGGGGGCGAUAAUGAAGUCAUUUGAUAAUUUGGCCUAAGGGCUGAGGAGGAGGAAUAGGACCCAUCGCAGGGAGGACCGCAUCAAUGAUAUGAUGCGGUCCCUGAUUCGAAGGGAAAAUCAAAGCUGCCCGAUAGACAUCAGACCAAUUUUAGGCCAGAUAUUGGUUGUGUAGGCGUCUAGGGAGUCCCCAUACAUGGGCAGAUAAGCUACCGAAUUGGUCUAAAGGACCCGAUUAAAUCAAAUCUGCCCAUGUAUGGCCACCUUAAAACCAGGACACACAGACACUCUUAGACAGAUCUGUUGAGACAGAUGAGUAUGGGUAUAUCCAUAAACUGAGCCCUAUUCAACCUAUGUGUGCCCACAUCAGUCCCAAAGCCCAGAACAUUUAGGCUUGCCAUUCAAGAAUGUUCCCUAAAAACCAGGGUAUUGGGAACUAGAAAAAUACAAUAUACACAAUUUCAAUAAAAAUUAAGAAAUAAGAGAGA